AUGCCAAAGGACCUCCCAGGUUUAUAUUGGGACCCAGAGAAGAAUCGCUACUUUCCUAUAUCGUCGAGGCGACCCAACCAUAGCUCAGCAUCCUCGCCGAAACCCCCUACGUUCCAAAAUGCUCCGGCAGUUGCGACAGCACCGUCUGACAAUCCAAGGAAAGCAUCGGGACCCUUCGAAGUCACUCCAAAGUUGGCCAUGAAGCGUAGGCUGGGGCGUAAAAAUUUGGCCAACCUCAACAGAAUAAUGUUAAGCUCGAGCUGGAACUGGACGGACAGCGAGCGUAUCAGACAAUGCGUAAAGCUGAACAACAUAGCUGAAACGAGCAAAGUUGCCCAUUGGGAAAUUGCUACCCUCGGUCGAGCCACCACGUUCUGCACCUACCCCAAUAAACCAGAAGAUCAUUUCACUGGAAGCAGAUGGCACUUGUUGGGCGAUAGUAUGGGUUGGAUAUCGCGAUGCAGCACGCCCCAAGGGAUCCUAGAGCCCGAGACCGACACAGAUGCCUAUGGACACGCUGUUGCCAGUCGCAGUGGAGCUGGAGAGAAUCCACCCUCGCACUGGCUGCCCUGGACGACAGAGCUGAAUCUACAACCAUCGGGACAUAUCACCUCUAUGUCAAUGUCUGGUUCGCGAUGGGUGGCUGCGGGGUCCGGUAAAACACCUCGCUUGGUUUUCUCUGACAUACAACGCUUGGACCAAAUGUGCAUUCUCACACUGCCCAAAGUCCGGGACCUUUGGACGUCCCACCUGCUCGGGGAGGAACUCGCACUAGGUGCCAGCACACGAGGAGUCUACCUUCCCUCCGUCGACCACUCCUCCUCGGUGGAGUUCCUUCACACAGAUAACGACGUCUUGUCAAUAACCCAGGAUGCCCACCUUAUAUAUACCGGCUCUCGAAACGGCACUAUCCAUCGGUUUGAUAAACGUAUUGGAUUCAAGCAUAGAGGGCAGGCCCUACUAGAAGGACGGUUCAACAACCGUGGCCACCAGAAAGGCCAGCGGUCUCCGGUCUUGAAGCUCGAACUCAUGGCCAACCACUCCACCUUUGCUGCCGGCAUUCUCGACUCAGGCCUUUUCAUCAGCCAUAUGAAUGGAGAUCUCCAGUUGUUUGACCUUCGUCGGCUCUCUUCAUCCGCCAACAAUAUCGAGCCCUCGAUACAAUAUCAUGGCCACAUUAACUCCUACAAGCAAGAUUUGGGUCUUGCUUUCGACAUAGACAACGGGUUAGUCUAUGCGGCAGGACUAGACUGUCGGAUCCGUGGGUGGAACCUAAUGUCUGGAGAACCACUGGAUCCUGCACAAUCGGCCGAGACAACGAGGUAUACCGCCACCCUGAACAUUGCUCAAUAUCGAGCGAAUCCCUUCAUCGCCCAGUUCGAUGACCCUAUUGAAGCGCUCCAAGUAACACCUGCAACCUAUUCCGACAAGAAUUCAGGAGACGAUAUUCACGCCAUCGAGGGGACAUGUUUGUGGGCAGCGAGCGGUCGAGACCUUUGGAAGUGGAACCUUGGCCAACGAGGAAUACCGUCAGCAACACCAUGGCCGCGACGUUAA